AUGGCUAAGUGUCAGGCUGCCACAAAGAUACAAGGAGAGGAAACAUUGGAGAGUAUAGCGGGAGGAGGAUGGGGCGAGGGGAAUCGUUACGCAGCAAAGAGACAAGGAGAGGAAACAUUGGAGAGUAUAGCGGGAGGAGGAUGGGGCGAGGGGAAUCGUUACGCAGCAAAGAGACAAGGAGAGGAAACAUUGGAGAGUAUAGCAGGAGGAGGAUGGGGCGAGGGGAAUCGUUACGCAGCAAAGAGACAAGGAGAGGAAACAUUGGAGAGUAUAGCAGGAGGAGGAUGGGGCGAGGGGAAUCGUUACGCAGCAAAGAGACAAGGAGAGGAAACAUUGGAGAGUAUAGCGGGAGGAGGAUGGGGCGAGGGGAAUCGUUACGCAGCAAAGAGACAAGGAGAGGAAACAUUGGAGAGUAUAGCAGGAGGAGGAUGGGGCGAGGGGAAUCGUUACGCAGCAAAGAGACAAGGAGAGGAAACAUUGGAGAGUAUAGCAGGAGGAGGAUGGGGCGAGGGGAAUCGUUACGCAGCAAAGAGACAAGGAGAGGAAACAUUGGAGAGUAUAGCGGGAGGAGGAUGGGGCGAGGGGAAUCGUUACGCAGCAAAGAGACAAGGAGAGGAAACAUUGGAGAGUAUAGCAGGAGGAGGAUGGGGCGAGGGGAAUCGUUACGCAGCAAAGAGACAAGGAGAGGAAACAUUGGAGAGUAUAGCGGGAGGAGGAUGGGGCGAGGGGAAUCGUUACGCAGCAAAGAGACAAGGAGAGGAAACAUUGGAGAGUAUAGCGGGAGGAGGAUGGGGCGAGGGGAAUCGUUACGCAGCAAAGAGACAAGGAGAGGAAACAUUGGAGAGUAUAGCGGGAGGAGGAUGGGGCGAGGGGAAUCGUUACGCAGCAAAGAGACAAGGAGAGGAAACAUUGGAGAGUAUAGCAGGAGGAGGAUGGGGCGAGGGGAAUCGUUACGCAGCAAAGAGACAAGGAGAGGAAACAUUGGAGAGUAUAGCAGGAGGAGGAUGGGGCGAGGGGAAUCGUUACGCAGCAAAGAGACAAGGAGAGGAAACAUUGGAGAGUAUAGCGGGAGGAGGAUGGGGCGAGGGGAAUCGUUACGCAGCAAAGAGACAAGGAGAGGAAACAUUGGAGAGUAUAGCGGGAGGAGGAUGGGGCGAGGGGAAUCGUUACGCAGCAAAGAGACAAGGAGAGGAAACAUUGGAGAGUAUAGCGGGAGGAGGAUGGGGCGAGGGGAAUCGUUACGCAGCAAAGAGACAAGGAGAGGAAACAUUGGAGAGUAUAGCGGGAGGAGGAUGGGGCGAGGGGAAUCAUUACGCAGCAAAGAUACAGUUCCUGAAUGGUCGAGAGCGGGAGGUCUUUGGAUUUUAG